GGGCUGGCGCCACCUGGCGGCGCGACCGUUCCGCUAAUGAGCUAUGCAGGUUAUGUCGUAAAAGGUUGUUAAUGUCGUUUAUGUGUUGUUUCUUAAUAAAAUCAAUUGUCGCCGAACAUGGCUGAUGAGUUAUCGGUAGUGCUGAACCGUAACGAGAACUCGGGCUCCGGAUUCGGUUUCUCGCUGCUGCGUAAGCCCGGGGUGCCGCCAAUAAUCUACGAUAUAUCGCACGACUCUCCGGCCGCCGCAAGUGGAAAGGUGGAAGUCGGCGAUAUAAUUUUAAAAGUAAACGAAAUCGACGUCAACUUGUUUAACACGAAAGAAGUUUUAAAAUGCCUUCGAUUAUCGUCGGAUCCUGUUACGUUAAAAAUAAAGCGCGAUCCGAAAAACAAAGAGACAGUGCAACGCCACCUGCUGUCGGCGACGGGUGUGGACGCGCCGGGUGCGAAUUGCGGGAACGCCGCCCCCCUGGCGGCCGUGCACGGCACGAAGAGCAAUCGGGAGCCGGAAAGCGCUUCGGACGAUUCCGGCGACAAGGUCAACGCGAACCGCAGACAUGCCGCGCAGGCGAACGGCUCAUGCGCAGAACGGGAGCCGCUUCUUGCCGACGACCAAAACGACUUUCAGACGAAAGCAGAGAACGAAAGACUACAGUGGCAGCCGCUGGGUUCUGACGUGGGGGACAAGAGCAACCAGCCGAAGUGCGAGGCGUACAUGAUGACCGGCGAGCACAUACUUAAAAUAUCGAACACGACGCAAACACAGAAGAUCAUACCGAAAAAACAGAAAAAGGUGGAGAACUUGCGGUACCACAACAGCCACACGCACCAUCUACGACAUCAACCGCAGGUGACGCAGUACAACAGCAACUCGGUGCCCAACAGUCCGAACGAGAUGGAGCUGGGACAUCACAGGUCGGCCAGCGCCACCGCCGCAACCGGCAACCACUGCGCCAGCGCCGCCAGUUCGGCGGCCAGUUCGCCCGUCAACGCGAACCGAAAGGACUACUCGCAGCAGCAACAGCAACAACAACAGCAACAGCACACGCCGACGGACCUGUACACGCACGGCGGCUACGUGCGCAACAGCCGCAGCGAGGACCAGCUCCAGGCCACCAUCGACCAGGACCGGUGCCUGCCGGGCGGCGCCGUCCACACGGUGGCCGACUGCGACGAGGACGUGGCCAGCUCGUUGAACACGCUGCUCGACACACGGCCCGAGUCGGCCGGCUCGGGCAGUAGCGGCGCCAAAGAUCCGAACGGCGACCGGAUCGUGUGGACGUACAACGCGCCUCUCGCCGACCAGCACCGCUUCCAGCACGCCCUGUCGAACGGGUCGAGCUCGUCGCACAGCAACACGUCGCCCACGUCGUCUAGUCCCCUGCACUCCGGUUCUCCAGCAUCACCGACGUCCGUGUCUUCCUCCGUAAUGUCGAGCCAGUCGGGCUCGCGCAGGCUGCCGCUGCCGCUGUCGAACGGUCCGCACAGCAGCGGCAACGCCCACCACGACUACUCGGAGGCGAUCUCGAACAUCUCGAGUCCCGAUUACCACGAGGAGGACAGCAGCGUGGGCAUACGCGACUGCGUGAUGGAGAUAAGCGACCACAGCGACAGCGACAGCACCCUGCUGGUCAGCGAGCCAAGGCAGAGGCCGCAGCAGCAGCAGCAGCAGCAGGGCAACGACCACCGAAUCGUCAUACAGGUUAAGGGGCCGGAGAAGGACCGGGGACGGGCUGACGUCUACGGAUAUCAGGUGUCCGAAAUCCACCACUACGUGGACAGCUACGGAGGGGAGUGCGACCAGGGUGAGCUGGGGGACGUGUCGGGUUAUCGGCAGGAGAGGACGUCGUCGUCGCCUCAGUCGUCGGAAGACGAGAGCGACGUGGACAGCCUGCACAGCUUCCAAUACUCGCCGAAGGCGGUGGACAUACCGUCCGCCAUCCGGCUGGCCAAACGCCUUUACAGUCUCGACGGUUUCAAGAAGUCGGACGUGUCGCGGCACCUCAGCAAGAACAACGACUUCAGCAGGGCUGUGGCGGAGGAAUAUGUAAAGUAUUUCGAGUUUCAAGACGACACAGUUGACAUAGCUUUAAGAAAGUUCCUCAAGCAGUUUUCUCUUACCGGCGAAACGCAAGAGAGGGAAAGGGUUCUGAUUCACUUUUCCAAGAGAUAUUUAGACUGCAAUCCAGGUUCUUUCAAUUCCCAAGAUGCUGUGCAUACAUUAACAUGUGCAAUUAUGCUGCUUAACACCGACCUGCACGGUCAGAACAUAAGCAGAAAAAUGACAAUAUCCGAGUUCAUUGACAAUUUAGUGGGCCUUAACGAAGGUGAGAACUUCCCCAGGGACGUACUGAAAGCCUUGUACCAAGCCAUCAAGAAUUACCCCCUCGAAUGGGCUCUGGACGAGGAGACGGACGACGGUCGUCUACAGUCAGAAAUGACCAACUACGAAACAGUUAACAUAGGCGGCAACCCAUUCUUAAACAUUCCAAUGCAGGCGAACGCCAUCGACUACAAAAAGGGCUACGUGAUGAGGAAGUGCUGUUACGAAGCGAACGCCAAGAGAAGCCUCUGCUGCAUUUUUCUAGCACCGUUUCACAAGCGAAGCUGGAAGAUGUUCUAUUGCACGCUGCGCGAUCUUGUUCUGUACCUGCACAAGGACGAGAACGGCUUCCGCAAAAACCAGAUGGGCGACAGUCUGCACAACGCGAUACGGAUACACCACGCCCUCGCCACCAAAGCGAACGACUACACGAAGAAGCAGUACGUGUUCAGGGUCCAGACCGCCGAUCAGGCCGAGUACCUAUUUCAGACAAGCGACUCGAAGGAGCUACAGUCGUGGAUAGACAACAUCAACUUCGUGUGUGCGAGCUACUCAGCACCGCCGUUGGAGGCGGCAGUCGGAUCUCAAAAGAAAUUCCAAAGGCCACUCUUGCCUUGUAGUCACACUAAGUUAAAUCUCAGAGAACAACUUGCCGAUCAUGAGGAGAGAGUAUGCAGACUGGAAGCGACAUUGGAAGAGCACCGUAAAUCGCCGCCGGAGAAGGGUACGAAAUCUUUGAUUGUGCAGAACUACAAAGAAAAGGAAGCGUAUUUAACUUAUGAGAUAAAACGCUACAAAACGUACUCGUACAUGCUAAGAUCAAAAAUCUCGCAGCUGCCCGAGUUCGGCGUGAGCCUGGCGGAGAACAGCAUCGGCGAGGCGGAGGAGCAGUCCUUGGGUGCGUCCUCCGUGACGCUGAUCGAGGGCCCGGCGUCGGGCGGCAUCGUGCCGCCGCCGAUACCCGACCGCCAGACCCCGCCUACCAACCGGUACAGCUACAGGCAGGCCAUCUACAGUCGCAACGCGGCGGCGGAGGGCGGGGCGGACGCGGACAUUGGCUGACGCAUGAUGGGCGUGUUCUAUGCGUGCGUGCUAUGAUGUUUGUGGGGGGGGGCGACGCCUGGUGGCGAGAGUCCGUUUUUCCGUUAUUCAAAUUGGUUCAUAUUGUUGGGCGUGGGAGUUGUGGAUGGUUUUUAUCGAUUUGUUUUCCUUUUUUGAUUAUUAUUUUUUGACUACGGUUUUAUUCCACACAGUUCCGUUUCGCAUUUCAAAAUACAGUCUUUCGUAUCGAAAGUGAAAGUUUUCGUAUGUGCAUAUCUUUGAUCAUUUAUGUGUUCAGUCUGGAUCUAGUCAACUAUUUUUAUUUUUAUUAAUAUUUAUGGAGGUACACAAGAAUGUGAAUGUGAGUCAAAAAUAUGCAACAUAUUCCAUUUUAGAUGCUAUAUGAAAUUUAUAGGUACAUAUUCUAAAUUAUUUUGUGGUGCACUUACUAGCUUUUAGUAUUUAGAUUUGUCUUAACGAAUGUGCAAAUACAUUUCUUUUAGAUGUAGUCGUCGUACAAUUAAUCGAUAUUAUCAAAUCAUGUUAGAAAUGUGAAUUAAAUAUGUUAUGUAGGUUUAUUAGCGACCACACAGUUGGAUUACCUGUUGGAGAAAUCGAUUUGUACGUUCGUUAUUAAGAUUAAAUUCGAACCCACGCUCAAAUCUGAAUCGGAUUAGUACAUAACUACCGAACCGACUCAGCUGGUCUUUUAGGCUAUAUUUAGAAAUUGACUUAUUUUUUUCGCGACUGUUAUUGAAACCAUAUUGAUGAAAAAAUACCCACAUAUUGUUUAUUAAUAUUUCAUUAAACAUAUGUACAUAAACACAUGUUAUUGUUUUGAGAUUAUUUUCAAUUAGACUUUAUAAUAUUUAUUUUUUUUUGUUUUACACAAUUUUAAAUUACAUGUAUUAUAUUAAUUAAGAAUAUACAAUUUCUUAUAUUAUUUUAAAGUUUAUUUAAAUAAAUUUAAUUAAACAAG